AUGGGAAUCCCACAGUAUAAUGAGACAUCAGAAGAUGCUCGUCCAGACAUCACAGACCCAGAGCACUUGAUUGCACGCUUUGGCCGUCUUCAUGUCCUGGACGACCUCAUCCGCUUAAGGGCAGCAGAUCCAGUCCAGCUGCCCAUCCUAGCCUAUCCCAAGCCAUCCAACGAUGAUGCCACCUCAUAUGAAUACUUCACUGGGCAAGACCUGGACUGCAUGGUAGACCAAACCGUGUCAACAUUGAUGGACUGUGGUUUCAGGCCGCCCCGCAAGGAUGGAGCUGUGGUCGCUCUUUUCACACUGUCUGAUCUUAACAUGGUGGUUACCUUCUUCGCACUGAGCAGAUUAGGGUACACGGUCAUGAUGCUCUCUCCACGGCUGUCAGCCGCGGCGUGCGUAUCACUCCUGGACAUGGUUGGCUGCGACACAAUCCUCUAUGGACAAACACCAAGCCUCCGUGCUACGAUGGGUGAGAUUCUCCGUCUGAAGUUAAUCGCAUGUCGCCCAAUUACACAAAGACCGUCUGUGGAUGCCCCCCAAGAGACCGACGUCUUAGUCCUGCACCGAACCCGGAAUCCAGAAAUCCAAAAACAAAAGAUCGCUUUGAUCCUCCACUCCUCUGGAUCCACCGGUCUACCAAAGCCUCUUUAUCUGAGUCACAAGGCCAUCAUGACCCAUCCAAUGCGGGGUCCGGGGCUAACAUCCUUCAACUCUCUACCGUGGUAUCAUCUACACGGCUUGUCAACGGCCCUACAGGCAAUGUACAUGAGGAGGACAGCGUAUAUGUGGGAUGCAUCGCUGCCCCUAACAGCAUCGUCAGUCAUUUCAGCGCUUGAGGCUGGUAAACCUGAAUCUGUUCAGGGUGUCCCUUAUCUUCUCCAACUUCUAGUCGAUAGUCCCAGGGGACUGGAUGCUCUGAGACAGUGUAAACUAGUGACAUAUGGUGGCGCGCCGUGCCCUGAUGAGCUGGGUGAUCGCCUCGUGGCGGAGGAAGUACACUUUGGCGGCUCGUUUGGUCUAACGGAGGCUGGCCUGGUAGCAGAUUCCCUCUCCCGCCCAGUAGGCGAUCCUUUCUGGAAUUAUGUGAAGUUUUUCGACAAUCUGCGCCCCUUUAUCUGGAUGAAGCCCAUCAGCGGAGAUCUAUAUGAAUGCGUGUACCUCGCUGGUCAUCCAGCACUGACAGCGUCGAAUUCGGAUGAGCCCCCAGGGUCGUACCAUUCCCGCGACGUCUUCACACCACACCCUACCAUUCCUGACCGAUGGAAAUACGUGACUCGAUUAGAUGAUCGACUUACCCUUGUCAAUGGGGAGAAGGUGUUGCCCCUGCCUAUUGAGGGAGCCAUAAAGCAAAGCCCAUUGAUCCAAGAGGCGGUUGUCACUGGGGUGGGCAAAUCCGUUCCAGGUCUUUUGAUCUUUCGGUCAGACGAGGCAACAAGCCUCUCUGACGAAGAGUACCUAGAUCUUAUCUGGCCUACCGUGCAGGAUGCAAAUUCCCGAGCUGAGAAGUUUUCCCAGAUCUCCCGGGACAUGAUCGUGGUCUUACCUGUUGGUUCAGUCUGCCCUCGCACCGAUAAGGGGUCCAUGAUCCGGGCACAAGUAUAUGCAAAAUACGCAGAUGUGAUCGAGGAGGCAUAUACUAAGCUUGAACAAACCGCCGACGGUACCCUUGAGCUUGAUCAAAAGGAGCUUGGAUUUCCCAUCUCAAGUCCGGAUUCUGACUUCUUCGCCGAGGGAGUCGAUAGCCUAAAAGCAAUUCAUCUGCGUCGAUUGAUCCUCCGAGAUUUCAAGAUCACGGAUAGCAAUACUAUCGGUCAGACCAUAGUGUUUGAAACGGGAAGCAUCUCCCGCUUGGCAGAGCAUAUCCAAGCUGUGCAAACUGGUCAAGACACGGAGGUGGAAGACGAGGUAUCAUUGAUGCCAGAGCUGAUCGAAAAGUAUUCAACGUUCCGCAUGCACACGCCUAACCCGAACAUCGUCUCAAGCAACAGGAGUGUAAUCCUUACCGGUGCUACUGGGUCCAUUGGCGCGCACACCCUUUUCAGACUUUUGAACGAUGAUACAGUGUCCGCCGUGUACUGCCUAACCAGAAGGGAGCAGCCGAAAGAAGAGAUCCUGGAUGCUCUCGCACAGAAAGGCUUGGAGGUGAUGCCCUUCCGCACAAAGAAGAUCGUCGCUCUCAAGAGCGCCCUGGACAAGUCUGAUCUGGGCGUUGGCAAGGAUAUGCUGGCGGAGAUGCAGCGAUCAGUGUCACUAAUCAUCCACACAGCUUGGCCAGUCAAUUUCAACCUCCCUCUCGCCAACUUCAAGCCUCAUAUUCAAGGAGUAUACAAUCUCAUCCAGUUUUCUCUCUCGGUACAUCUUCCCGCCCCAGCUGUGGUAUUGUUCUGCUCAUCGAUAUCAACGGCUCUCGGUGCCCCAACGUCCGACAUCAACGAGGCGCCUCUUGACGACCUGAAUAGCGCACUUGAAAUGGGUUACGGUCGCUCGAAGCUAAUUGGAGAGAAGAUCGUAAGCAACGCUCGGAGAUCGGGCGCUCGAGCCUUCUCGUUGAGAAUUGGUCAGGUCUCAGGACACUCAAAGAAAGGUCUUUGGAAUGAUUCGGAGGCCAUACCACUGAUGAUCCGAUCAGCAUUAACCCUCAAGGCUCUGCCUCAGCUCGACACCACUUGCUCAUGGCUCCCCGUAGACAGAUUGGCAUCCUCUAUCCUCGAAAUCGCCAAAGCUUGCUCGGUCAAUACACUAGAAGAUCCCCAGGGCAAUGCGGCAACCAGCCAGCGUAUUGAUGACACUAUAUACAACCUGUCCAAUCCCCGAACGUUUACCUGGUCCACUCUGCUCGAUGCCCUGCGACGGAGCGGCUUUGACUUCAAGACGGUCUCCUUCGACAGUUGGUUACAAAUGCUGCGCGACAGUGAAUCCCGAGGCGAAGAGAUGAUCAAUCCAGCCGUCAAGCUAGCAGAUCAUUACGAGGCCAUGUACGGCGACGAAGCACCAGCACCAAAGACCUUUGUCACGGAGAAGGCCGAGCGAGACAGUACCACACUCCGGAACGGCCGUUUGAGGAUUAUCCAAGAUGGGAUCGUGAAUAGGUAUGCACAGGAUUGGCUGCGGCGCUGGAAGACCACCUAG